CUGAGUGGAGAGAAGACGCUCUCAGAUCAGUCAGUGGCUUCAUGGAGUUAUGUACCUCUGAUCCGCCGCCAUGGAUUGCAAUCCGCGAUCACUCCUUUCCAUUUUACCUCUUUUGUUGUCCUGCGUUGUUCCUGCGUUUUCCAUCAUCUACCCCCCUAAUGAAGUCAACCUGUUAGACUCUAAAGCAAGCCAAGGGGAGUUAGGAUGGAUUUCCUACCCAUCGCAUGGGUGGGAGGAGAUCAGCGGGGUGGAUGAGCACUACACUCCCAUUCGCACCUUCCAGGUCUGCAACGUGAUGGAGUACAGCCAGAACAACUGGCUCCGCACCAACUGGAUCCCACGCCAGUCGGCCCAGAAAAUCUACGUGGAGCUGAAGUUCACCCUGAGGGACUGCAACUCCAUCCCGCUGGUGUUGGGCACCUGCAAGGAAACCUUCAACCUCCUCUACCUGGAGACGGACGACGACCAGGGCAGCCACUUCAGAGAACACCAGUUCACAAAGAUCGACACCAUCGCCGCUGAUGAGAGUUUCACCCAAAUGGACCUUGGAGAUCGCAUCCUCAAGCUUAACACUGAGGUGCGUGAGGUGGGUCCCAUGACCAAGAAGGGCUUCUACCUGGCGUUCCAGGACGUGGGCGCCUGCGUAGCUUUAGUUUCAGUGAGGGUUUACUUCAAGAAGUGCCCGCACAUUGUGAGGAAUCUGGCCUCCUUCCCUGAUACGGUGCCCAUGGACUCCCAGUCGCUGGUGGAGGUCAAAGGCUCGUGUGUCAAUCACUCCAAAGAGGAGGAGCCGCCGCGAAUGUACUGCAGCACAGAGGGGGAGUGGCUCGUGCCUAUUGGGAAGUGUCUAUGUAACCCGGGGUACGAGGAGAGAAGCAACACCUGCCAAAUGUGCAGGGCCGGCUUCUACAAAUCCACACUUGGGAAUAUGGAGUGUUCAAAGUGUCCCCCUCAUAGUUUCUCUCACCAUGAGGGGUCGCUGCACUGUGGCUGUGAGAAAAACUACUUCCGUGCUGAAGGGGACCCUGCCUCCAUGGCCUGUACCCGACCCCCUUCAGCUCCUCGAAAUGUGAUCUCUUCCAUCAAUGAGACUUCCGUAAUCCUAGAUUGGAGCUGGCCAGAGGACACCGGGGGGCGCAGGGACAUCACCUUCACUGUCCUCUGCAAACGGUGCCGCGGCAGUGCCGCUAAUGGCAGUAAUGGUGGCAACCUACGAUGCGAGCCCUGCCGGAGCAAUGUUCACUUUCUGCCUAGAGCCACGGGCCUCCACAACACCACGGUGACAGUGGGAGACUUGCUUGCCCACACUAACUACACCUUUGAGAUUGAAGCGCUGAAUGGUGUGUCAUCGCUGGCACCCAAGAUGAGGCAGUAUGCCGCUGUCACCAUCACCACCAACCAAGCUGCUCCCUCCCCUGUAACGGUGAUCAGAAAAGAGAAGACGUCUCGAAACAGCGUGUCCCUGUCCUGGCAGCAGCCAGAAAGACCCAACGGCAUUAUCCUGGACUAUGAGAUCAAAUACUAUGAAAAGGAGGAGCAGGAGACCAGCUACACCAUCCUUAGGGCUCGGGGUUGUAAUGUGACUCUGAACGGUCUGAAGCCCAACACCGCCUACCUGCUGCAGAUCAGAGCUCGCACUGCUGCCGGAUAUGGAGCCAGCAGCCCCAGUUUCCAGUUCGAGACCAGCCCCGACUCCUUCUCCAUCUCCAGUGAGAGCAGCCAGGUUGUUCUGAUCGCCAUUUCCUCCGCCGUGGCCAUCAUCCUGCUCACUGUGCUGCUCUACGUCCUGAUUGGCAGGUCAGCUCACCAGUCACGAGUGUUUUUUUUCCUCCAAUCACAGCAAUCCUUUUGCUCUCUCCCUUCGUUGGGACCAUACGUGGACCCCCACACGUAUGAGGACCGAGCCAAGCUGUGCUAUGAGUUCGCAAAGAGGAGCAGGAUGCCUCACGUGCAUCGCCAUUGACAAGUGGUGGGAGCAGGUGAGUUUGGUGAGGUGUGCAGUGGUCGCCUGAAGCUACCCAGCAAGAAGGAGAUCUGUGUGGCCAUCAAAACUCUUAAAGGAGGAUACACAGACAAGCAGAGGCGGGACUUCCUCGCUGAGGCGUCAAUCAUGGGACAGUUUGACCACCCCAACAUCAUCAGGCUGGAGGGGGUGGUAACACGCAGUAAACCCGUCAUGAUUGUCACGGAAUACAUGGAGAACGGAUCCCUGGACAGUUUCUUGAGAAAACAUGAUGCCCAGUUUACAGGCAUCCAGCUGGUUGGCAUGCUGCGUGGCAUCGCCUCCGGCAUGAAGUAUCUGUCAGAUAUGGGCUACGUUCACCGAGACCUGGCGGCUCGAAACAUCCUGGUCAACAGCAACCUGGUGUGUAAAGUGUCAGACUUCGGCUUGUCCCGAGUCCUGGAGGACGACCCAGAGGCUGCUUACACCACCAGGGGAGGAAAGAUCCCUAUCCGGUGGACUGCUCCAGAGGCUAUCGCCUACAGGAAGUUUACAUCAGCCAGUGACGCUUGGAGUUACGGCAUUGUACUCUGGGAAGUGAUGUCAUAUGGUGAACGGCCAUACUGGGAGAUGUCCAAUCAGGAUGUAAUAAAGGCUGUAGAUGAAGGAUACCGCCUCCCCCCACCCAUGGACUGCCCGGCUACCCUCUACCAGCUGAUGUUAGACUGCUGGCAGAAAGAGAGGAACAACCGGCCUAAGUUUGAACAGAUUGUCAGCAUCCUGGAUAAACUCAUCCGCAACCCCGGGAGCCUCAAAAUCACGGCCAACACCACAUCCAGGCCGGCCAACUUGUUGUUGGACAGGAGCAGUUCAGAGGUCCCCUCGAUGGGGACACUGGGUGACUGGAUGGAUGGAAUGAGGACCUUGCCCUGCAAAGAGGCCUUCUCCGGGGUCAGCUACAGCUCCUGUGACACCCUGGCCAAGACCUCCACAGAGGAUCUGAAAAAGGUUGGAGUAACUAUCGUAGGACCGCAGAAGAAGAUCGUGAGCAGCCUCAAAGCCCUAGAUUCCCACACCAAGAAUGGCCCAGUACCUGUUUAAGAAAUGAACCCAGCGAGUAAAAACAGCAGAGACUUGUCUGUCGGUGUGGUUGCUAAUAGAUGGAAAUGGAGGAAAAUAUGCGAUACAACUGAGGGCUUUUGUUGUUUCGUUGAAAGACGAUACCAAGUCCUUACAGAGAGACAGGAAAGAGUUCAGUGCAGACCUGCCAGCUAGUGAACUGGCUGACUCUUCGACCCUCCGUCCCUCCAUGCCCAAGUUGAGAUGCCUUACAGACAUAUAGGGGGGUUAGAGAGAGCAGAGGGAAGCCAAGGAGGUCAAGGAGACCUUCGAAGGGAUACAAAAUAGGACUGGACCGAUCACAGGGCAAGGACUGGACUAACUUAUAGCCGGAGCUCUCCAAUAUUGGCUAAGCUGGACAGCAUAGCCUUCCCCUUACGGCUAAAAGGGGACAGGCAUGCUCACAGUCUCCUCCCACCACGCCUGACUGUCUGUGGAACGAGGCAGUGAAACAGUGUGUAGAAGAGCACGUCAGACAGCAGCAGCUCACCCGGAUGUGGACCCCUCCUGGACUAAUGAGGUCUGAGGCGUGAGAUUUUGUUAUAACUACCUACAUAUACCGUCUCUAUCCAUGAGAGAACUGAGCUGGUUAUGGACAUACCUAGGCAUUAACCGAGCCAUUUUACUCCGUAGCUCUAACUCUAUAGCAUUUGCAUUCAGUAGACAUGUCACAUAAAAGCAAUAAUUAUGAUAAUCAGUUAAAUAGUCUCAUUGUUUGGAAGCCAUGAGUCCGUCACAUGUACAAUGUAUUGAACGCUGUGCUUUGAAGGUACAGGGGCCAUAACACACUUCACACACAGUUUUUCUUUAUGGUGACAUCAGUGUUCUAUGUGCUUAUGAACAGAUAUUGUACAGUUAUAGUGCCGCUCCCUCAACCCAAUGCCCUUUGUGUGAAAUCUCAGGAUGUGUACGUUAUUCAUUGUAUUUUCUCUAACAAGGGGAAACAGACAGAGAGAAUGGAGCAGUGCCAGAAACUGAGGGUGCGGGUUAAAAAAGACAGAAAAGGGAAAACUCUAAAAGAGAAAUUUAUAAGAGGUAAAACAGAAUCUAUGAUGAAGUGGUGUCUUUCAGGCUCCUGCUUCAGACAUUCUUGUUGUGUUGUGGAAGUGUUUUAAACUAGAGGAGAGUUUUUACUUGAGUUUCUUCUUCAGGUAAGGCAAGUUAGCAUCAUUCACCCUACAGAACAUCAGGUAUCAUAAUCUCUCUAAGGAGUGGAAUUUGUUCUGUUAUUAAUCACCCAUUUUGAAUAUUUGCAGGUCACUAAAUGGCUAUUAUCAGUUAUUAUCACUAAAAUUAUAAUGCUUCAGA